AUGCAGGACUACGAUGGUGUGGCCGCCGUUCAAGAUGUCAGUUUGCGGAUAUUCGACAGCCAGAUUACCGUGCUCCUUGGCCACAACGGUGCAGGCAAAACCACGCUGCUGAACAUGAUCACCGGCUUCGCUAACUGCACCUCUGGCAACGUGCUAGUGGGCGGAUAUGACGUCAUGACAAGCACCAAGGAUGCCCGCGAAAGCAUCGCCUACUGCGCUCAGGACAACAUCCUGUUCGACGACCUCACCGUCGAAGAGCACUUAGUGUUCUUCGCUGUCGUUAAGGGCACUCCCCCCGAUGGUGUCCGGAUCGAAGUCGUCACCUUGCUGCACGACACUGGUCUUAUUCAGUACCGUUCGGAUCUGGCGGUCACGUUGUCCUUGGGCCAACAACGACGCCUCUGCACCGCUCUGGCCAUUGUGUCCAAGCCGAAGGUGAUCAUCUUGGACGAGCCCACGUCUAACAUGGACCCGGAUGGCCGCCGCGAAAUGUGGGAGUUGCUCCUCAAGAUACGCCGGAGCUGCGCAGUAUUUCUCACGACCCAGCAUCUUGAUGAAGCGGACGUGCUGGCCGACCGCAUAGUCAUCAUAGCCAAUGGCCGCAUCCGCUGUGCUGGCUCCCCGACCUUCCUAAAGCAGCGAUUCGGCACGGGCUAUCGCAUGCUAAUCCACAAGCAGCAUAAAUGCGACGUGCCGAGCAUCGAGACGCUUUUGCGCAAGUAUGCGCCCAAGGCGAGACUGCAGAGCGACUCCAUCAACGAGGCCGUCUUCCUCCUGGGGCAAAUAGUCUCCUCCAGAGGCAUCGUCACUAUGUUCCGCGACAUCGAGAAGCAGAGCAAGGCCUUGGGCAUCGAGUCGCUCGGCAUGACGGUCACAUCGCUGGAAGACGUGCUCAUCCGCGUCGGCGAAGAGCACCACUUGCAGCAUCAGAGACAUACGGAAAUCACCAAGGAUGACCCGUCCAUGAUCGAAACCAAAGAGUCCUUAGUCAACGUGAUGGCGAACACGGUGUCCUCAAAUCCGGGGCCCGCGGCCCGCAUGUGGGCGGUGUUCUGCAAGCGAGCCACGUGUGUCUCGCGACAGCUGAAGGUGCCACUGUUCAGUUGGCUGCUGCCUGUGAUGCUGCUCUGGCUGCUAUUCACCUUCGAGGGCGUGGCACUGUACCGCAGCGCAGUUGUCGCCGAACAUGUGGGCAGUACGCUCUCCUACACAUUCGUCGAGCUCGUCGGCAAGGCUAACGGCUUCGCCCAAGUUACGGAUGACGGACCGUUUUAUAUUGACUACGUCCAGCCCAUGUUAAAACCGGAUAACACCCACGUAGACAUCCUCAUGGCCGAACAAAACGUGGAAGAUUUACUCCUCAGCAUGGGGAAGGAUGACUUGCGUCGUUACGUCUUCAUGACGCACUUCGUACUGCAGCUGCUGGAAAAAGGGAGGACGGUGCUCUGGUACAAUGGCGAGAUCCAGCACAUGGCGCUACUCGUCCUGACGCUGUUCAACAACGCCCGCCUGCGCUACGUCACCGGCAAAGCCGACGCCUUGUUAAGCUUCGACGUGACGGCACUCGAAUACGGUGUCGACGUGGCCGGUGAGGAGGAGGGGAAGGAGAGUCUAGGCACUUACCGCCAGCUGCUGCCCAAGGUUCUGCGCUCCAUCUUCCUGCCCAUGGUGUCCAGCCUGAUGUGCAGCAAUUUUGUACUUUUCCCCAUCACCGAGAGGGCCUCGCAGGUGAAGCACCUGCACAUCAUCUCGGGAAUCGGCCCGUUUCUCUACUGGAUCACCAAUUUUCUCUGGGAUUUUAUGUUUUACAUGGGCACUGCCAUCUUUAUCUUGCCGCCAAUAGCUUACUUCCACGCGGAUUCGCUGAAUUUCAACUACAUUCCGUCGCUGUGCUGCACGGGCUCCGUGUUCAUGGAGCACUACGCGGAAACCCUGAACAACGUCCCACUCACGGUGUUCAUCGAGGCGGUGCUGCAGUCGGCGCGGCUGCUGCCGUCCUAUUCGUACUCGCGUGGCAUGACCAAGGUGCUGCAGCUCGCCUCCGAGAACGCGGUCUGCCGACGUGGCGGACAGGUUCUCGACUCUGCCUGCCAAGAGAAGUCCGUCGCUUUCAAGAUGUCACUGCAACAGUGCUGCAGACACAUCGCCGAUACUGAACGUACGCGCUACGCGAUCAGCCCUUUGGACAUUCACGGAUACUCGGCAUUCUACGAGGUAAUCACCCUGUUCCUGGAAGGUCCGCUGCUUUUCGGUCUGCUACUAUAUGCUGACUACCACUGGCUGCGGCGACUUGACCGAUAUAUGAGCUUGCCGGAACCCGGCUUUGAACCACGCCUCCUAGUCUCGCCUGCGGCGCAAGUCGGACUGUCGCUCUCCAAGGCAAGUUCCUGGACGUGUGCUGAGUGUCACCAAGGCUCGUGCUCACUGCUACAAGCGCUAAAAGAACAGCUCAACUUCACCAGAUAG